AUGGUGGGAGAUUUGCGGGUGGACGAUAGAGCGGGAGUUGCGGCGGCGGAGAGAUGGGGGGACGAUACGCGGGCAGGCAGUACAGGUGCCGGGGAUAGCGCAAGCCAUGACGGCACGGCCGGCGCGGUCGUCCCUGCAGCACAUGACCCGGGGAGUCGAGGCGAUGAAACUGCGGUGCAGAGAGGUGCUGAGGGGUGCUUCGAGGGGGUGGUAAGGGACGAUAGUGCGGCAGGCGGUUCGCAGAGGGAUAGUGCAAGUCGUGGCAGCACGGCCGUGACGGCAACUCAUGCGUCUCGAGCGACGGUUCAAAGCGGUGCUGAGGGGUGCAUCGAAGGGGGAUCAGCGGAUUGUGCAAGUCGUGGCAGCACGGCCGUGACGGCAGCUCAGGGGCCUCGAGACCAUCAUACCACGGCGGUUGAGAGCGGUGCCGAGGGGUGCAUGCGGGAGGGGGAAGCGGUGGAGGCCAGGGACGCGGAGAGUGCAGGCACGGCGGAGCGGAGACUACCGGACGGGGGAGUGGCUUCUACAGGGAUAAGCGGACGAGGUGCAGUGGCGGAGGGAUUGGCGGAGGAUGAGGCGGAGGCGGAGGGAGUGGCGGAGGGGGUGGCGGAGCGGAUCCGCGCGCUGGUGGAUGUGGGGGACAUGGGCGCAGUGCGGGAGGCGCAAGGGGCGAGCCUGGGCGCGCUACAGGACACGGCGGCCAUCCUGGCGCAUUUCAACGCCUUCUCGCUCAAGGCUCUCGCGUCUGAAGCCCCCGCCAUGCGCGCACACACUGCUGCCCUGCACGCCUUACAGAGUGAUCUCAUGCGCACAUUCAGAAAAAUCAGGGAAAUGAAGGCGAAGCUGAAAAGGGCCUUUCCGAAUUCAUUUGAG